AUGUCGCUGCUACGUCGAUUCGUAGUGUCAUCCUGGAACACGGCGACCUCCACCAUGGCCAGCCGGUUUCCUUUGCAUCCCUCAGCACCAUCGGCUUGGUCCAAUUCUCCUCAGAACAUUGUUGCCAGAACGUUUGCCAGCAAAAAGCACAAACGACUGCUCCAAUUCAGCAAAGGCUUUCGUGGUCGCGCCAAGAAUUGCUAUUCCAUUGCCGUGCGUCGCGUUGAAAAGAGCUGGCAGUAUGCCUAUCGAGAUCGAAGACGCAAACGUCGCGAGUACAAAAAGGUCUGGAUCCAACGCAUUUCUGCCGGAGUCCGACAAUACGCCUUUCGCUAUUCCGAAUUUAUGCAUCUCCUCAAUCUGCGGGGAGACGACUCCAAGACCAGCUCCAAGAAUAGCAACAUUCAACUCAAUCGCAAAAUAUUAGCCGAUCUGGCCGCCAAUGAGCCUUUUGCCUUCAAGGCCAUUGUCGAUGUGGUACAAGAGUCCACGGGCGUCAAAAAGGAGCAUGCCAAGUAUUCCCAUCAAGAUGGAUGGGAGUUUGAUGAUGAUCAAGAUGAAGAGGAAGAUUACUAUUACGAACCAGAUACCAUGGCAUGGAUCCCCAAGAAAAAGAAGAAGCAAAAGUAG